AUGUCCAUCCAGAAGAUUCACGCAAGACAAAUUUUUGACUCCCGUGGUAACCCCACUGUGGAGGUUGACCUCUUUACAUCUAAAGGGUUGUUCCGUGCUGCUGUACCCAGUGGUGCCUCUACUGGUAUCUAUGAGGCACUUGAGCUCCGUGACAAUGAUAAAACCUGCUACCUGGGAAAGGGUGUCUUAAAAAGCCGUUGAGCACAUCAAUAAUUGCAUUGCACCAGCACUGGUUGGAAAGAAUGUAAGUGUUGUGGAACAAGAGAAGAUUGACAAACUCAUGCUGGAUAUGGAUGGAACAGAGAACAAAUCCAAGUUUGGUGCCAAUGCCAUUCUGGGAGUGUCCCUAGCAGUGUGCAAGGCUGGUGCUGCUGAGAAGGGAGUUCCUCUUUACCGCCACAUUGCUGACCUAGCUGGGAACAAUGAGGUCAUCCUGCCUGUUCCAGCCUUCAAUGUGAUCAAUGGUGGAUCUCAUGCUGGUAACAAGUUGGCUAUGCAGGAAUUCAUGAUCCUGCCAGUGGGGGCAUCAAGCUUCAAGGAGGCCAUGCGCAUUGGUGCUGAAGUUUACCACAACCUGAAGAACGUGAUCAAGGAGAAGUAUGGGAAGGAUGCCACAAAUGUGGGCGAUGAAGGUGGAUUUGCACCAAAUAUCCUUGAGAAUAAGGAAGCUCUGGAGCUUUUGAAAACCGCUAUCAACAAAGCUGGAUACCCAGAGAAGAUUGUGAUUGGAAUGGAUGUUGCUGCAUCUGAGUUCUACCGUGAUGGAAAGUAUGACCUGGACUUCAAAUCACCAGAUGACCCUUCCAGAUGCAUCUCACCUGACAAGCUAGCUGAUGUAUACAAAGACUUCAUUAAAAAAUUAUCCAGUUGUGUCAAUUGAAGAUCCAUUUGAUCAGGAUGACUGGGAGGCAUGGUCAAAGUUCACAAAUGAUGUUAAAAUCCAGGUUGUUGGUGAUGACUUGACUGUGACGAACCCUAAGAGAAUUGAGCAAGCUGUGGCAAAGAAGGCCUGCAACUGCCUUCUUCUGAAGGUUAACCAGAUUGGCACAGUCACAGAAUCUCUACAAGCAUGCAAACUGGCCCAGACUAAUGGCUGGGGAGUGAUGGUCAGCCAUCGAUCAGGAGAGACAGAAGAUACUUUCAUUGCUGAUCUGGUGGUUGGGCUUUGUACCGGACAGAUCAAGACUGGUGCCCCCUGUAGAUCUGAGAGACUUGCAAAGUACAACCAGAUUCUCAGGAUUGAAGAGGAGCUUGGAGCCAAGGCACGUUUUGCUGGUAGAAACUUCAGGAAGCCAGUCUGCAACUAA